AGUCUUGCCCGACUUAGUGCCAUGUAGAUGUGCUAGACUAAAACUCGUAUUAUUCCCCAGCAGCACAUACCCAUUUGUCCCCAGCCACCCCUCGUUCAUACACGGACACUUACAUGGCUUGAAUGAUAUUGGUUUUUAUAUAGUACUCUGAAUAUGCAGAAUAAUUUUGUGUUUUAGCUAGUAAAUUUUGAAAUAGCCCUGUAUAUCAACUUAUGGAUGGGUCAGGAUGAUAAUGAGGGAGCAGCUUGAAAAGGCUGAGAUUCAAAGCAGAGCCUUUCAGUUUCUUAGGUCUUAGCCACCCACAGGGCUAUGCUUACUCAUAUUUCAUAGGCAAAAACAGGAAUACUGUGUGUUUACACCCCUGGUCUCACCAGGGAUUGCUGCCUGAGCAUGUUGCUCCCACUAUUACUUUAAGGCUUAUCCACCAGCUGAUAGCUCUAUUUUCUGAGUAAUUGAACUAGUCCUAUAUUUGAUUUUAAAAUAAAUAGAGGUAGGUCUGCUUAAAAACACAGUACCUCUAAUUAAGAGGCCAGGGACCUGAUGUGUUCCAGGUUUUUGGAUUAUAAUAGUCAUAGACCUCACCAUGGUCAUUAUGGUUGCCUUACUCUAGAACAUAUUAACAGAUGAAACAAUAUACAUGUUCAUGAAUAUGUCCUAACAUGAAUGUAUUGUACCUUACCCCAGCAUUGAAAUACAUUUGUUUGCCAUUUAGAGAGUGGCAGUUAAGUACUGCAUGUGUGCACACUAAGUAUUUUAAUCUAAGAGAACUGUAAAAAGAGCUCUUUGUAACACAGUUCAUCAUCCUUGUCUGUAUAGUGGGCAGUCAAAUGCUUCUGGAAAGCCCAUAGUUGGGGCCCAAGGCAGUGAGGAAAAGACAUUUCUCCUAGGCCUGAAAGGGGUAGGGUACAAGCCCAUGAACUGGAAGAAGUUGCAGAGGAAAUCACAACUGUCCCUUUUGCUAAUUCUUGGCAUAAAGCAGUGGAAUGGGAAAUGAGUAAAGGAGGUUCAAAUCUUAUCAGAUAAUGGUAAGAUUACUAGCAAAGUCAGCUUUUUAUAUUUGGCCAUAAUCAGCCAUUUAAGAGGGGAAAGCAGUAGUGGCACCUAAACUGCAGAAGACAUCUCUCUAGCCACCCAGCCACAGCAGCAGGUGAUGGAAAGAUGCACCAUAGCAUUUGCUAUCCAAAGCUGUCAGUUCACAAACCUAGCUACAUAUACCAAAAGCAUGAGGGUUGCAUACGGGACCCUACCCUUUGCAACAUCAAAGGUUUGAACUCUGGAUGACACCAUGAAAGGCAGGAGUAGUAGAUACACACAAGACAUUUGACCUUUGACAUUGUGUACCAAAGAAAUGGUGAUGGAGAAGCCAAGUCCGCUGCUUGUAGGGCGGGAGUUUGUGAGGCAGUACUAUACCCUGCUAAAUAAAGCACCAGAUUUUUUACACAGGUUUUAUGGCAGGAAUUCAUCUUAUGUCCAUGGUGGGCUGGAUGCCAGUGGCAAACCCCAGGAAGCAGUCUAUGGCCAGGCUGAUAUACACAAGAAGGUGAUGUCCCUGCAGUUCAGUGAAUGUCGCACUAAAAUUCGCCAUGUGGAUGCCCAUGCAACCCUGAAUGAUGGGGUGGUUGUGCAAGUCAUGGGGGAAUUGACAAAUAAUGGGCAACCAAUGAGGAAGUUCAUGCAAACCUUUGUGCUUGCUCCAGAAGGAUCUGUUCCAAAUAAGUUUUAUGUCCACAAUGACAUAUUUCGUUAUGAAGAUGAAGUGUUUGGUGACUCUGAAGGUGAACUAGAUGAAGAGACAGAAGAUGAAGUCGAAGAAGAACAUGAAGAAAGGCAGCCAUCCCCAGAGCCGGUUCAAGAGAAUACAAGCAGUACUUACUAUGAUAGCCAUCCUGUAACUAAUGGAGUAGAAGAAACCUUGGAAGAAUCUUCUCAUGAACCAGAACCAGAGCUGGAAUCUGAAUCAAAAACUGAAGAACUGAAACCUGAAGCUGAAGAAAAGAAUCUGGAAGAACUAGAAGAAAAAUCUCCAUCUCCACCUCCUGUAGAAACAGCUUCUCUACCACAGGAACCACCAAAGGCUUUCUCCUGGGCUUCAGUGACCAGUAAAAACCUGCCUCCUAGUGGUUCUGUUUCUUCCUCUGGAAUUCCAACCCAUGUUAAAGCACCAGUCUCACAGCAAAGAGUAGAAUCAAAACCUGAAACCCAGUCCCAGCCUCCUCGUGUGCGUGAGCAACGUCCAAGGGAGCGACCAGGUUUUCCAUCAAGGGGACCCAGACCAGGUCGAGGAGAUAUGGAUCAGAACGAAUCAGACAAUCGCAGAAUAAUUCGCUAUCCAGAUAGUCACCAGCUCUUUGUUGGCAACUUACCACAUGAUAUUGAUGAGAAUGAACUGAAGGAAUUCUUCAUGAGUUUUGGUAACGUCGUGGAACUUCGCAUCAAUACUAAAGGCGUUGGUGGAAAACUUCCAAACUUUGGUUUUGUAGUGUUUGAUGACUCUGAGCCAGUUCAGAAAAUUUUAUUGGCAAAACCAAUUAUGUUCCGUGGUGAAGUACGCUUGAAUGUAGAAGAAAAAAAGACCAGAGCUGCUCGUGAACGGGAGACUCGAGGUGGUGGUGAUGACCGCAGGGAUAUUCGGCGCAACGACAGAGGUCCUGGGGGUCCACGUGGCAUAGUGGGUGGUGGAAUGAUGCGAGACCGUGAUGGAAGAGGGCCUCCUCUAAGGGGUGGCAUGGCCCAGAAACUUGGUUCUGGAAGAGGAACUGGGCAGAUGGAAGGCCGGUUUGCAGGUCAACGUCGCUGAAGAUCCGUGUUGGCAGGCAGUCUUGGCAGUGAUACAUUAUUCGUCGUGUUUGCAUUCUUGUUUAUUUUCUGGCUUUGGAAUGUAACACAGCCUUUUUGAUCAUUUCUUUGAUGUGAAAAACAUCUUUUGGUUACCAGUUAAAUUGAAGUGGACGUUCUUCCCCCAGUUUCUCAAAGAAGUCACACUGUUAACUUAUAAAUUAGACUUGGAGAUUAAGGACUGAGAAAUGACCAUUUAAACUUUCUACAGCAACAACGAAAGGACAAAGUGUGUGUCUAACUGAGUUAAGGUCCUUCCAGUGUAAAAACAAAUCCUUUUGCUGCACAUUUUGUGUGUUACUAUAUCUGCUAAUUACUGUUGGAAACGCAAAUAGUGCAAUCUUUGCAAUUGGAGAAGUUUGCCCUUUUUUCCUUUUAGAACACUUGGCUCCAAACAACUCAUGUUUUUAUGAACUUAACCGCACUAAUGGGUACUUGACUCGUUUUACAUUGACAUCUGCUGAAAGCAGCAAGAAAAAAGUAGUUUGUGAAAUGAUGCGGGCAUCUGCUCUGCUUGCUGUGACCAAUAUAUGUACACACACAAACCUUAAGACUAUAACUAUGUUCCAGAAGGAAACCAUUUAGUUGUAAACACAAAUGUAAAGCUUCAAAAAUCAUAGUCCUGAAUAUCAAACAAGUUUUAAAAAAAAGAUUUUACGAGCUCCCUGCCUCUCUCUCCAAAGCAGGGAUGGCUGAUUGCUCAACACACUCCUCCUCCCUUUUUCCCUUUCUGUAAGCAGUGUACAGUGAAAAUUGUCUUUACUGUAUUGAGGUCUCUGGUAAUGUAAUAAGCAUGAUGGUGCCUUCUAUUAAAUACAUCAUUCCA